GUGGCAGGUACUUGUGCUAGGAAACAUUGUCAGAUAAAGAAGAAACGCUAAUUACUGCAGUCAAGAAAAAUGGAAUCCGAGGUCUCAGAAAGCGAAUCGGAUACCGGUAGUAGUUCACCGCCGCAACCAGUUGCGCCAAGGGGACGUGGUAGGCCACGGAAACUUCGUGGAGGUAGAGGACGGCCCAGAAUGCAAAGAGAGCCAGACGUUGCACUCGGGGCUCAUCCCCGAGCACCAACCAAGCGGGGACGAAGGAGGGUCCAGCCACCAGUAGAGAUGGCAGCAACAGCCUUAGCAGAGAGAAGGAGAGAUAUUGAGAGUAAAGUAGAUGCACUAUCACCUGAUGAGAUGAGGGACACCCUUAAAAGAGUUGUGAGGGAAAACCCAGAGUACUUGUUCAGUAUUUUGGAGCCUGAACAAAGAUUUCAACCUUCUGGGGGUGGAACAGUACAACCAUCAUGGUGCAUCUGCUCUCAUUGUAGCGACAUGCCAACUCCUAGGGAGAAAGUCUGCUGCCAAAGAAAUCCUGAUAACUGUAUUUCUAGAUUGCCGGAUUUCGGGGUGCUCAUUUUAGACGAGGCAGUUCUUGCAUUGGCAAGAUUCUACCGCCAAGAUAUUUUGGCAAUGCCAGAAGAUGCAGAUAGAAACAGAGCCAAUCACCACACGGGAUAUCGCCAAUUUGUACUUUGGCAUCAUGGGAAAUUGGGAGCUGGAGAUAGACGUGUAAUUCCUAGCUGUUGUGUGUGGCGUAUCAGAGACAAAUUUCCUGACCCUCAUGGACAUUACAUUGGUUUCAAAGAUAACAGAUUGCAAUAAAAUA